AUGGAAAAAGUCGAUAACGCUGAUAAUGACGAUGUCAACAACAACAACAACGUAUCAUCGAUUCAGUUGAUCCGCACAAUCAACAACGCUUCGAAACAGAAUUCGGACGACGAAAGCAGUGAACAACUUGAAGAUAAAAUAUUCGCGCUGAUGGACGCGCUCGAGCGAGAGCAAGAAUAUGUUGAGAAAGAUUUGGGUUUAGUGGGUGGCACGUUUUCGUUGUUGUUCACGGGAGGCGCGACGGACGCGAGCGAGAAGGAACGGAAGCAGAAAGAAGGAAAGAUUGGAAGUUUCGUGACGAAAGUGACCGGGUCGUCGUCGUCUGCGAGGAAAAAGAAGACGAAGUCCUCUUCUUCUUCUUCUUCUAAUUCGAAAAACUUUCAAAUCAUCGACCUCGAGAACGAGCGCGUUGAAAACCGGGCAGAUUUGCUCGUAUUCAAUCGCGUUCCGAUUUCGGUACGAAUAUUCGGAAGUUGCGUCAGAACUACGGGAGACGAUGGUAGUAAUAAUAGCGCGAGCUCCUCGGCGGCGGCUUCUCUCGCUCCGUCGGCGACGCGUCCGAGAUUCUCGGUCUGUUUCACGCACGCGAAGAUUGAAGUCUUUGGCAAAGAAAGAGUUCGCGUUCCUCUGGAACGUUUCAACGCUCGCGGUUGGAUUGACGUCACCUACGUGGACGAUUUGAUCAGACUCGGCGUCGGCGAUAAAGGAAGUCGCUUCGUCACCGCUCGACUCAAAAAGAGCGAACAAAGAAACAACCCCGAGUAG